AUGGGUCCCAAGAAGUCCAUGUCCGCUGUGUACGCUGACGGAGGAGGUCGUAACCAUCGCAGGGUCAAGUCAGGCACAACAACACCACUGGCCAGCCCAAGAUCGCACACGAGUGGUGGUGGUCAUAUGAAACGGAACGCUUCGCAUGUGGUCCUGCCUAAGAACCGAUCGCAUGGCAAUCUACGCAAGAACCAAUCUACCAAUGCCUUGACUGCGCUGAAUCGCAACAUAUCACGAGGUGCUUUGAACAAGCUGGGUGCACCCACAUCACAGAAGGUGAAGAAAGAUGCGCAACAGAAACAGGGCGUAUUCGAUAUGGGCAAUGCCUCGGACGACAAUGAGGAAGAGGCGGAAUGGGAAGACUCUACAGCAUCGCCGGAGCUCACAAGAAAUAACUCGAAAGUGUCGACCCCUCAACGAUCGCAUACGCCAAAUGCUGAACCUAUACAAAAGCCGCCAGAUGUAUCACAAGACAUCGUGCCAGAGAGGACCUCAUCUCCACCCUCCCCAGAAGUCUUGAAAACCAACAGAUCGGCUCCCAACCUUCGUCGCGAACAGACUCUCAGCCAUGACCGUGACCAUGAGAGACAACCACCUGCCCUUGUCCAGCAGCAGAAUGGACGUGGUUCACGUGCCCCGCUUGCGAUGACUACUGCGAAUGCGAUUUCGAGCCAACAGCAUCUUCCCCGAACCGACUCUCAGCGUUCACUCGGUCAGUCGUCCUUUGCCAGCCUCGAUGUCUCGCAAGAUCACAAUGAGAAGACCAUUAGGAGUCCUGGUCUCACCAAUCAGUCUUCAUCAGGCAGUGCUGUGGUUUCACAUUUUCUUACCCAGGAUAACUCAAAAUCCCAGGUGUUUCAAUCUCAAGACGGAACGACCUCUGACAAUGAGUCCGAAUCCCAAUCCGUUGCGGACUUCAUGGCCACUUACAAACCUCAGCCGUCUGAGAGCCCUGAACAACCACGAAUGAAUAUCAACAAAGCAAGAGUGGCAUCGCAGCCUUCACGCACACAGCAAAAGCUUGAACUACAGAGGCGUAAGGCUAUGCAUGGAGCUGGUCCCCCCACACCAGUAGGAGGGUUGGCACUUAGUGCAGGGAGUUCUGUCAGCUUGCACAGCAGAACCCAUUCGCAUGGAAAAGGUGUGGGAAGAACUAAGAGUAUGGUAGUGGAGAUGAAAGCCAUCAAACAGGACUACGAAGCAUCUGUGAAGCAACUCACGGUCAUACGACGGUUUCGCAACCCUGUGCUCGAAAGUCUGCAUCGACUGCGACAUACCGGUUCACUACCAAUCGAGACACCUAAGGCUGGACAUUUGCCAUCCAAAACGAAUGCAGAACAACACAAGCGUCCACCAAGCCGCCACGGUAACCGCUCUGGCGUCGCAGCUCACGAUGCAAGUGAAGCAAACCAUGCGCAGCGGAAUGCUCCGCCAAGAAUACCGACCACUCAGACUGAUCCCGAAUCUACUAGAGCCACUACAGCUCCUCGAGCAUCCAAAGUCUCUUUCGCAGCCGCACCACAUACACAAGCACAACCUCGUCCAGGCGGUGCUCGAGAUUCCAAAGUUACGUUUCAAUUAUCUCGACAAGAAAGUCAAGACGACAUUCUUAUCGCGUCUCCAGACAGAUCUGGUCCCGUUGGGGGCGAUGAAUACUCGGACGGCUUAAGUCCAGAAGAGGCGCUCAUUAGACGCAUGUGGGAGAGUCGAAUUCACGUGGCUUAG